AUGGCAGCACUGGAGUGCAACAGUGGGCAGGAUAGUUUCUCACCAACAGAGAACGGAGAUGCUCUGCCAGAGGAGAAAUCACUGAAUAUUGACUACUCUGAGGAUUUGUGGUUGGCAAACAGUGAAGAUUCUUCAGGCCCCUAUGCUCAACAACCAAAUAAGGUGGGGCCUGAGAAUGAGGUACAGGUGGAUAACCUAGAGAACAGUGAAGGUUAUUCUGUGGCUUCCGUUCAUCAGUCUAUAGAUUCACAUCGGUUAGAUGUUGCUGACGAGGAAUAUGUUGAACCACAGGUUAAUGCUCAGGGUCAGGUUUGGAGUGCAGAGUUAUCAGAGGAUGAUGGAACUGGUGCUGGGACACAUAACCCAGCUGCUGGUUACAUGAAUGGGUCAGCGGAGCAGAAUGGGUUGGAGUUCAGCAGUAGUGGGGAAGAGAAGGACUUUACCCAGCUUGUCCCAGCUGGGUCGUUUGUGGAGGGUGGCGCGGUUGUGGGAGGGGAGAAUCAGGAUAAAACAUUUACAUCUCUGAUGCCAGCAACUGCUUUAAAUGUGAACGGGGACAUUCAGCCAGGCUACACAUCAAUGCUGGAUGCGAACCAGGACCAAAUGGUGUAUUACAGCACCAGCGAUCAAAUCACUACUGACACAUCUAGUCCAAUGGUCACAGAGGAAAGUGUUACUAACUCGUACGAACAAUCUGCUCAAAUAACAGUCAAUGGAGAAGAAGCAGCCAAUGGAGAGGAGGUUGAGAAUGCUGUGUAUGUUUCAAUAGACGCUAUAAAUUCAGAUGGCCAGCAAGUAGCGGCUGCGGGGAACUUCACAGUUCUGUCUCCAGCGAUGCUCAACAUGGCAAACAUCAACAGCGAUGACCAGACUUAUUCUGCUGGUCUAUCAGGCAGCGGUUAUCAGCAUAUUUCCACACUCCCGUUUGUCCAGAAUGGUGCCUACGCGACCCAGCCCUCCUUCACGUCAUACCACACAGUCAGCACUGCCACUGUUGUCAGCAGCGAGGACAGUCAGCAGCAGCAGAUCAUUCAGCAUUCGGAAUACAGUUCCGAUCACACUAGCUUUGGGACUGAGGCUGCCGCCCUAACAGCCUCAUAUCAGUCAAGUGCCAUAGACUACAAUGACGAAGACGAUGAGGAGGAUGAUGAACAGGACGAGGAGGACAAUUCUGUGGAGUUCUCCGAGUUCAGCUGUCCUGUGUGCAGUGAGGCGUUUGCUGAUCAGGCAGCUUUGGAUGACCAUGUCAACAACCACCCCCCAUUGAAGACAUUUGUCUGUGAGACUUGUGGUAAAGGUUUUGCCACAAGACGCUACCUCAAAUACCACAGGAAGAACCACUGUAAGAGGGCAGGUUCCUAUGAAGGAAGGAAUGAGCUUGAUGAGAAUGACCCUAAUGGAGAGGUGAAGAGAUUCUCGUGUAACAUGUGUAGUCGUCCUUUCCGUGUGUUAAAAUGUAUGAAAGUCCAUAAGAAGAAGAAACAUAGCAUCAUGAAAGAGUAUACUUGUCAGAACUGUGCUGUGACUUUUAGCUCCUCCCAAGAACUCAUCAGUCAUCCAUGUGAACCAAGGAAUGUGUUAGUCACUCCACGAGUCAUUCAUUACGCCCCACCACCACUUGCCCUGCCCAGCCAGAAAAAGAAGAAGAAGCUGAAACAAGCCAAGCCAUCCUGCGACAUUUGUGGAAAGACUUUUUCUGAUAGGAUUAGUGUGGACAUCCAUCGCGUGAAACAUAUCGAAGAAGAGUUGUAUCCGUGUGACAUGUGUUGUGAGGAGGAUGGCACGGAUGCCGAUCAUCUUGCUGUUCAUUUUAGAAUCCGAUUCUUCACCGACGACAAUCAACACAUCCUGGAAGAUCAAAAGGCAGCUGUUGCUAGUCAUGACCCGAGCAGAUCUGAAGAUGGCAGUAGUGUACCUGCCACUCCGGUGCACCACACGGGCUCGUCAACUCCUCAUUCAGCGCCAGCGACACCCAUCUAUCUUCCUGGGACCCCUACUCAUCCUUCAGGAACCACCGUUGCCUCUGGCAGCAUAAACACAUCUGAUGUUGCUGUGGACAUGGGAAUGCAGCUUCUGGAGCAACACACAGUCAGUGGACACCUGCUGGAUCAGUCAGGCUUUACUCAAAAGUUCACAGACUUUGCAGUAACUCAAGCUGAUGGUACAACUCAAAAUUUCACAGUCUCCCACUAUGUUGUCAGUGACUCUCUCCUGGUCUCUGACCAGGGUUUACUGAUUGGUCAACAACAGGUGGACAGCCAGCUGGAACUGACCCAGCAGCAGCAGGUUUACAGUGGGGAUUUUGAGGACAGCGAGGUCAUCCAUGAUGCCAGCGGCUCAGUGAUGGCACUGGCUCCAAAGAAGAAGAAGGUCAAGCCAUCCAAGCUUCACAUGUGCGAUAUCUGCAACAAAUCCUUUGGGGACACGGGCAAGUUGGAGCUGCAUUACAAAAGCAACCACCUGCACGAUCGUCCCUAUCAGUGCGAUGUUUGUGAGAAAUCCUUCUUCACCAAGUGGAAGCUGCAGCGGCACAUGCUGAGUCACCUGGAGCGUAAACCUCACUCAUGUCCAAUGUGCUCAAAAUCGUUUGUGGAGCGGGGAAAAUUGGAGGCCCACUACCGCACACAUCUAGGAACGAAACCCUACAACUGUGACCAGUGUCCCAAAGCUUUUACGGUAAAGAGUCAGCUGUCCAUCCACCAGCGACGUAUUCACAGCACUGACCAACCAUUUGGGUGUUUGGUAUGUGGAAAAGCCUUCCUCUGGAAGAGUGGGCUUGAUAAACAUAUGAGAAAGCAUACCAGGGAAAAGCCAUAUAUAUGUGAAACCUGCGGCAUAAAAUACUCCAACAAGGCAAAUCUUAUUGUGCAUAUGUCAAAAGCACAUAGCCAAACAUAUGUAGACAAGCACACUUAG